UUGAAGCCUCGUUUGCUGAAACCACGUGAUUGGCCGGUUUCAUGUGCUCCGAACCCCUGAUUCAAAACAAAAGAUUCAUAGUUUCGAAGCUUCGUGUAGAAGCGUUGUGAAUUUGCCCAUGAGCAUAUUACAGCUUUUCUAAAUCAAAACAGAUUUAGGUGUAGAAUUUCUAAUAAGAAAAACAGUGAAUUAAACUCACUGAUGGAAUUUUCGGGAUGGAAGAUUCCCUGGUUAUAAAGAUGGAGCCGCAUGAAAACAGCCAUACCAUGCCAGAUGUGAAGACGAAAACCGGCCAGUCCUCACCUAGGCAAAGGCGGGAGAAUAAAAGACAAUAUCAGAAGGAGCUGAAAGAAGAUUUUGUCACUUGCCAUCAACAUGGGAUGCUUUUCAUUCGACAAGCAAACCAUAAGCAGCACAUGAGAAGUCACUCUGAAGAGAAAGCUUUUACCUGCUCCGAGUGUGGAAAGCGUUUCAAAAUGAAGAAGAUCCUUAAAGACCACAUGACCAUUCACACUGGAGAGAAACCUUUCACCUGCUCCGAGUGUGGAAAGAGUUUCAAAAUGAAGAAGAUCCUUAAACAACACAUGAAAAUUCACACUGGAGAGAAGCCUUUCACCUGCUCCGAGUGUGGAAAAGGUUUCACAGUGAAACAAAACCUUAAAUAUCACAUGAGAAAUCACACUGGAGAGAAACCUUUUACCUGUCCUGAGUGUGGAAAGAGUUUCAUUGUGAACAAGAGUCUUAAACAACACAUGAAAGUUCACACUGGAGAGAAGCUUUUCACCUGCUUUGAGUGUGGAAGGAGUUUUGCUUUUAAACAAACCCUUGAGAAACACAUGAGAAUUCACACUGGAGAGAAACCUUACAUAUGCCCUGAGUGUGGAAACAGUUUCAGAGACAGACAAAAUCUUAAUGUUCACAUGAGAAUUCACACUGGAGAAAGGCCUUACGUCUGCCCUCAGUGUGGAAAGAGUUGCAGAUUGAGACAGAACCUUCAGAAUCACAUGAGAAUUCACACUGGAGAAAAGCCUUUCAUUUGCCCUCAGUGUGGAAAGAGUUGCAGAAUGAGACAAAACCUUGAGAGACACAUGAGAAUCCACACUGGAGAGAGGCCUUACACCUGCUCCGAGUGUGAAAAGAGUUUCACAAUGAAACAGCGCCUUACGAGACACAUGAGAAUUCACACUGGACAGAGGCCUUUCGACAGACCAGAAAACCCACCAGCUAUUGAAUAUGUGAUAUAUGGGGGACAGAUGUCCAGUGGUGCAGCAGAGGGGUUGGGGUUCAAUGAUGCGGCCCUCAAGGACCUCUUCAAUAGUGCCCUUGAUGAGCCCCUCAUCUGGUGGAGGAUGAGGGGGCUGGACCACCUGACGUUUGGGGGAUUUGUGGAUUUCCUGGCACGUCACCCAGUUAAGGAGGUUGCAGCACCCCCAGUGACGGCUGAUGCUGCAGCGCCCCCAGUGGUGGUUGAUGUCGCUGCAACGCCUCCAGAAGGAAGCUGCAGCUUCCCGGGGGUGGCUGAUGUUGCUGAAGCGCCCCCAGAGACGGCCAACGAUGCUGCAGCGUCCCGCUCUUGGAAACGGAGGAGGAGGAGGAAGAAGGCUUCUCCCUCCCUUCAAGGCCUGGAGGCCAUUCCUGAACCUGCUGCUGGCCAGGAGGUCACCUCAGAGCCGCCCAGGCUCCUUGCCCUGCCGGCUCCGCCCAUGCUCCUUGCCCUCCCGGCUCCGCCCAGGCUCCUUGCCUUGAUGCCAGCGCCGCCCAAGCUCCUUGCCCUGCCAACUCCACCCAAGCUCCUUGCCCUGCCGGCUCCGCCCAAGCUUAAGCUCCUUGCCCUGUCGGCUCCGCCCAAGCUCCUUGCCCUGCCUGCUCCUCUCAAGCUCAAGCUCCUUGCCCUGCAGGCUCCGCCCAAGCUCAAGCUCCUUGCCCUGCCGGCUCCGCUCAAGCUCCUUGCUCUGACGGCUCUGCCCUUGCUUCCUGUCCUGCCGGGGCCGCCCUUGCUGCCUGCCAAGCUGUUGGCCCCGCCCUGGCCCCCUGCCGGGACCCCUGAUGUGCUAGAGCCUGCCUGGUCUGUCCCUCCGGCCCCGCCUUGGCUUUUCGCCGGGGUUCCUGUUCGGCUGGAGCCUCCCUGGUCCGUCUCUCCGGAUCCGCACUGGCCCCCUGUCAGGACUCCUGUACUGCCUGAGCCUCCUUGGCUCAACCCUCCCGUCCCUCCCUGGCUCGGUUCUGGUUUUCGUGUCGGGGUUCGGGCACUCACGCUCCAGGUCGGUCUUGCUGUGGGAGUGUGCGGUCUCGAGUUCGCUCGGGCCAUGCGCUCCUCUGUCCAUCAGAAUGAACAGAAAGAAGAUUCUGUCACUUGGGAAGAAUGUGGGAUGCAUUUCUUUGAGCAAGCAAGUCUUGAGGAGCACACGAGAAUUGACACUGAAGAGAAACCAUUCAUCUGCCCUCAAUGUGGAAAGAGUUUCACAGUGAAACAAAAGCUCGAGGCUCAUUUAAGGAUUCACACUGGAGAGAAACCAUUCACCUGCCCUCAGUGUGGAAAAAGUUUCACGCAACAAGGUCAGCUUAACAUUCACAUGAGAAGUCACACUGGAGAGAAACCUUUCAUCUGUCCUCAAUGUGAUAAGAGUUUCACAUCAAAACAAAGCCUUAAAAGUCACAUGAGAAUUCACACUGGAGAGAAACCUUUCACCUGCCCUCAGUGUGAAAUGAGCUUCACACAGCAAGGAUACCUUAAACGUCACAUAAGAACUCACACUGGCGAGAAACCUUUCACCUGCCCUCAAUGUGGAAAGAGUUACAAAGUCAAACAAAGCCUUGUGAGUCACUUGAGAGUUCACACUGGAGAGAAGCCGUUCAUCUGCCCUCAGUGUGGAAAGGGUUUCACAGCAAAACAGUGUCUUAAAAGUCACAUGAGCAUUCACAUUGGAGAGAAACCUUUCACCUGCUCCAUCUGUGGGACGAGCUUCACACAACAUCAAAGUCUUAAACGCCACAUGUGGACUCACACUGGAGAGAAGCCUUUCAUUUGCCCUGAUUGUGGAAAGAGUUUUGCAGUGAAACAAAGCCUUGAGAGUCACAUGAGAAUUCACACCGGAGAGAGACCUUUCACCUGCUCUGAAUGUGGAAAGAGUUGCACUGUAAAACAAAACCUUGAGAGUCACAUGAGAAUUCACACUGGAGUGAAGCCUUUCUCCUGCCCUCAGUGUGGAAAGAGAUUCACAGUGAAACAAAGCCUCGAGAGCCACAUGACCAUUCACACUGGAGAGAAGCCUUUCACCUGCUCCAAGUGUGGAAAGAGUUUCACAAUGAACCAAAAGCUUGAGAGACACAUGAAAAUUCACACUGAAGAGAAGCUUUACAUCUGCCCUUUAUGUGGGAACAGUUUCACAAUGAAAACCAACCUUGAGAGACACAUGAAAAUUCACACUGAAGAGAAGCCUUUCACCUGCUUUGUGUGUGGAAAGAGUUUUAGAAUAAAACAAAACCUUGAUAGUCACAUGAGAGUUCACACUGGGCUGAAGCCCUUCAUCUGCUGUGAAUGUGGGAAAAGUUUCACUGUGAAACAAAGCCUUGAGAGCCACAUGAAACUUCACAAUGAAGCAACGGCUUUCACCUGCUCAGAGUGUGGAAAGAGUUUCACAGUGAAACAAAACCUUGAGAAUCACAUGAGAAUUCACACGGGAGAAAAGCCUUUCACCUGCCCUCAGUGUGGAAAAAGCUUCACACAACAUGUACACCUUAAACGUCACAUGAGAAUUCAUUUUGACCGAGUCGGGGAGUCUUCUCUGCUGUCUCCUGUGUACACCAUCCAUCCAGAUGAAGUGAUAGCAGUCAUAGCAUACCAGGACACCCACCAGCUGUCGGAGGAGAGUGAUGUAGUCAAUCUAUUUAUAUGAUUAUUUGGCUAUGACCGAUAAGAGACCAAUGGGACAAUUUGGUCAGGAUUCCACUUUUACACCCCUACUCUUAAUGAGUAAUAUUUUCAAUGUCAGUUAUACCUUGUUUGUUAAUAAUGAUUUAUGCAAUGUUUUUUUCUAAUCAUGUAUAACCUAAUCUACAAAUAAUAACAUUUAAAGGGAUAGUUUACCCAAAAAUUAAAAUUCGCUGUUAGUUUACUCACCCUCAGGCCAUCCAAGAUGUAGGUGACUUUUUUCUUCAGUCUGAUGCAAAAGGCACACUUAGCUGGAAACACUUCAGGAGUUUUGAAGUCGUCAUCGGAUUGGUUAGAUUAUGCAGGAUUUCCCGGGAGACAUGUGUGUCACGUUCUUUAACGUUCUGCCUGGAAACAAAAAUACCGUGGCGCCAAACCCACUCACGAAAGAAGAAAGCCGUUUUGUUGUUUACAGCUGUGACAACGCUGGAUUUUCAAAAGUAUGCGAAAAAUUUAAAGUUCGUAGCCCAGAAUCUUUAAAAUAUGUCCAAGAGUUACACACCAGUCUGUUAUUGGGACAACAUUUCCAAGCCCCCAAACAUGACGCGGCACAAAACGAAACGUGAUUGGUUGCUUUAGCUGUCAGUCAUAUGGCCUCUUGGGCAAGCCUUGGCCAUUCAAAGCGGCCAAAGUUCCCAAACCUUCUGCCGUCAGUCUGAAGGUCUGGCUACGCGAGACUAGUGGCUGAUGGUGUUUUGAAGAUUUGUGCUACCCCAUCAGAUUUUGCUGCCUUCCAUUAAAACAAUAGGGAACAGUCCGAUGAGUAGGGUCAAUUGUCAGGAAGCUGGUUUUGAGCGUCAAAAAUAUGUAUAGAGAGACAGAAAACCAAAUCAAUACCCGUGGCUCCUGACGAUACACUGAAUUCUUAUGAAGCGAAACGACUGGUUUGUGCAAGAAAAUUAUCAUAAUUUACAACAUUACCUUUAAUACACAGCCUGGGCAAACAGUUCUUAGCACAUUCACGACAGUCUGGAGCGCAAACUUCCUCUGUUGUAUAAUGACGUGUGUGUGUGCGGGCGCUCACUCACAUGUAAGCUGAUGAUGCUGUUUGUUUACAAUGGAGAAUAAGGGCAUGUGUGAGAACUGAGAAGGAUGGAGGAUGCAGCGGCACAUCCAAAAGCCUUGGUGGGAAUGAGGACUCUCAAAACAUGGUGGUGUUCGUACAAUGACAACAUAGGUAAAAUCUAUCUGGAUCAGAAUGCUGGAAAUCUGUGAAGAGUCCAUCUUCUCAAUUGGGAUUGUGCCAGCAAAUCAGCAAAUCUUUUUAAAUUGGUUCCAGCAUCCAGGAUAAGCACAGGUAAGUACCAUUUUGAAGAACAAUAAAACACA